AUGACCGCCAACACCGAAGAACGAUCUGGCCAGACGGGGAAAAUCUGGGAUAGAUUUGCCGAAGGAUAUGCCAAGAGCCCCAUCGGAGAUAUGGAAGCAUACCAAAAGAAACUUGAAAUCACACAAAAGUACCUUCGCAAAGACAUGCAGGUGCUGGAGUAUGGUUGCGGAACUGGUGGAACCAGUUUGAUUCAUGCACCUUAUGUAAAGCACAUCUUGGCCACGGAUAUCUCCGGAAAGAUGCUGGAAAUUGCAAAGACGAAACAACAAGAAGCAGAUGUCAAGAAUGUUGAGUUCCGGCAGACGUCGAUUGAUCAACUGGAGCUUCCCAAGGAAAGCCAGGAUGUAGUGCUAGGGCUCAGUAUCCUUCAUUUGCUGAAGAAUCGAGAUGAGGCAAUCGCAAAAACGCACCAGUGGCUGAAACCAGGAGGACUAUUUGUUACCUCUACAGUCUGCAUUGGUGAAAUGGGGGCAGGUGCCAAGUUCUUCAUCAAAGCCCUUCUUCCUGUCGGUCAGUUCUUUGGAUUCGCGCCACAUGUGAGCGCCUUGACCAAGGCAGACUUGAAAGAAAGCUUGGUCAAGACUGGCUUUAGCAUUGAGUACGAAUGGCAACCAAAGGAUGAUGCAGCCGUAUUUAUCAUUGGAAAAAAGGCAGACAAGUAA